AAAAUUUCUUGUUUAUCAAAUAGCAUUCUUUAAAUUUGAUUCAUUCACUUUAAACUAAGGAUCUAAUUCGAGUUUUUUCUUUUUCUGUUUUUAGUCUUUUUUAUAUCACUCAGAAGAAAAACAUAAAAAUGUUUCGUAUUCCUGAUCCGCUUCAAAUUUUGACCGAAUUUUUACACGAAAACUACGAAAAUCAAACACAAGACAGGAUAACCUCGCUACAUUUAGCAGCGGGGAAUGGCCAAUUAGAUGUAGUCGCUAAUUUAUUACAAAAAGGAUUAAGUAUUAACUCAAAAAUUAAAUGCAACGGUUUCACCCCUUUAUAUUUUGCAAUUGCAAGUAAUCGCUUGGAGAUGGUUCAUUUUUUGAUUAAACACGGAGCGGAUGUCAAUCAUAGAGCUAUUUUAGGAUUGACUCCUUUAAGUAUUGCGUCGGAACAAGGGUACAUAGAUAUAAUUAAAACUUUGCUUGCAAAUGGGGCUGAUAUUAACACCAAAACGGAUAAGCUAAACACCCCAUUACACAUAGCUGUAGAUAACGGUCAUGUAGACAUAGUAAAUCUUUUAAUUGAAAAAGGAUUAAAUGUAAACGCCCCAAAUUUUGAACGAACAAUUCCGUUGCAUUACGCUAUUCAAAACGGAAAUCGUGAUGUGGUUAAAGCUCUAAUUUUGCACGGAUCUGAUAUAGACGCUGGAUCAUCCUGCAUUGGGAAUAACUUUAAAGUUGUAAGAAACGUAACCCCGCUACAUUUGGCAACUCAAACCGGGAAAUUCGAUAUUGUUGUAAUGCUCCUCGAAGCUGGAGCUAACGUUAAUGUAAGAACAAGCGAUAGGUUUACACCUUUACAUUUAGCGUCUCAAUACGGCUUUUUAAACAUAGUUGAGAUUUUAUUAAAAGCCGAAUCGUAUGUUAACCCAAGAAACGUAGACAAUAUUACACCGCUUUAUUUGGCGGCUGAACGUAAUUAUUUCAGCAUAGUUAAAUCCCUCCUCCUCGCAAAACAAAUUGAUAUUGAUGCGAAACGCUACGAUGAUUCAACAGCUUUACACGUAGCGACAAAGAAUGGCCAUUUCGAAGUUGUUGCGCUACUUAUAGAGAAUAAAGCUUGCGUUAAUGCCAAGAAUAGCGAAGGAUUCAUCCCUUUGCAUUUAGCACUUCAAGAAAAACAAUUCGAGAUGAGCGAUUAUUUGAUUAAAAAUGGUUCGGACGUAAACGCCGUGGACAAUUUGAAUUGGACCCCUUUACAUAAUGCGGCACAUAGCGGAUUUUCUUUGAAAAUAGUAAAGAGUUUAAUUGGGAAAGGGGCGAAAGUAAACGCAAAGAUGAAUGAUGGCAAACAACCCCUACACUUAGCAUCCGAAAAGAAUUACAUUGAAAUAAUAAAUUGUUUGAUUGAAAACGGAGCGGAUGUUAAUGCGGUAGAUAACAACACUUGGACUGCCUUGCAUUAUGCGGCUUAUGAAGGAAAUUUAGAGGUUGUUAAAAUCUUAUUUGAAAAGGGGGCGAAUAUAAACGUUAAAACAGCUAUGAGUAACACCCCUCUACAUUUUGGUGUACACCACAUUCAUUUAAAAGUAGUCGAAUUCCUCCUAAAAAAAGGAGCCGAUGUUAACGCAUUAGAUGACACAAACAAAACCCCUUUGCAUUUCGCCGCCGAAAAAGGCUACGACCAAAUUUCUAAUCUCUUAUUGGAACACGGAGCUAGUGUGAAUCUAAAAGAAGCGGUACGUAACGGUACACCCCUUCAUUUCGCAGCUUUAUACGGUCAUCACAAAGUAGUCAAAAUCCUCAUCAAAAAUAAAGCGAACGUUAACGCAAAAGAAAUCAAAGAAGCAACUCCUUUACACUUAGGAGUAGGAAACUUAGACGUAGUAACCUCCCUCCUAACAAACGGAUCAUAUUACGACGCCAAAUUUGGCACAGGAAAACGAGCAAAACCAUUAGAUUUCGCCAAAGUAAAAGGAAACCAAUCAGUUAUAAAACUACUAAAAUCAAUCGAGAAAUUAUUUAAAGCUGUAGAAACCAAUAAAUACUUAGAAGUUGAAAGAAGCAUCAGAGAAGGGGCUAUAAUUGAUGCAAAAAACGUUACAGGAAGAACUCCGUUACAUAUCGCUGUUAAUAACGGAAACACAAAAAUUGUUAACAUCUUAUUAAAAAGUCGAGCUGAUCCUACUAAAAUCAAUAAUAAAGGAAACACUCCAUUACACACGGCCGUUUUAAAAGGGAACAAAGACAUUGUUAAACUUUUAUUAGAAAGUGUAAAUCCUAAUAAAUUAAGCGAUUUUAUUAAUACGAAAACAACAGCUAAACACAACACCUCAUUACAUGUUGCUGCUGAAAAUGGGUUUUUCGAAAUUGCACAAUCUUUGUUAAAAUAUGGUGCGAUUUAUAACGUUAAGAAUAAAGAUGGCAAAACACCGCUUGAUCUAUGUCAAAAUCAAAAUAUUAUUGACUUAUUGAAGUUAAUUGGGGAGUUUUUUGAGGAUGCAAAUGAUAAUUUGGAUAUUAUUGGUAAACUUGAAGUAACAACAGUUGAUUUAGCAAUUAUUUUAAAUGCUCGUAAUGAUAAAAAUAAAUCUUUUAUUGAAGUUGCUGUGAGUAAUAAGCAUAAAGAUCAUAAUGAGUUAAAUACAUCUGUAAUGUAUUUAAGUAUUUAA